AACAGAGUUUCGAUGAAAUCACUAAGAGAUAAGAAAUUAUAAACUUUCCGACCACACAGGUUAGAAGUCACUCCAAUUUCUCUUAACUACGUAUCAUUUAAAUGUUUCGUAAAAUUAAUACUGUAAAGUUGAUCUUCGGUGCUGCAUAUUCAUCCACUGAAGCAUCUGUUUCACCGAAUGUUUCACCUAGAGUACAGCAAUUUAGAGAAUUAUUAAAUAAUCCAAGUAACAAUGAUAUACUCACAGAUUUGUUCGGAAGACGACAUACAUAUUUACGUAUUUCGAUUACCGAACGGUGCAAUCUUCGGUGUUUAUACUGUAUGCCAGCAGAAGGAGUUAAGUUGACAAAAAAUGAUGGUAUUUUAAGAAUAGAAGAAAUAAUUAAAAUUGCUCAUUUAUUUGUAAAUGAAGGUGUAUCUAAAAUACGCUUAACUGGUGGUGAACCAACUGUUCGAAAAGAUAUUGUGGAUAUUAUUGCUGGUUUGAAACAAUUGUCUGGUUUGAAGCAAGUUGCAAUUACCACUAAUGGAUUAACAUUAACACGUCAGUUACCAUCUCUUCAACGAGCAGGAUUAGAUGCAAUAAAUAUUUCAUUAGACACCCUAAAAGAAAAUCGUUUCGAGCAAUUUACUCGUAGAAAGGGAUGGUCUAGAGUUAUGGCUGCAAUUGAUUUGGCUAUUCAAUUGGGUUAUAAUCCAGUAAAGGUGAACUGUGUAGUAAUGAAAGGUUUCAACGUGGAUGAGAUAGUCGAUUUUGUUAAUUUAACGAAAGAUCGUCCGAUUGACGUACGUUUCAUCGAAUACAUGCCUUUUCAAGGGAACGAGUGGAACGAGAAUAAAAUGGUUUCUUUUAAAGUAAUGAAAAAGCUUAUUAGAGAUACAUAUCCUGAGCUGCAACGUCUUUCAAACGAAUAUAACGAUACAUCUAAAGCGUAUCAUGUACCUGGAUUUACAGGACAAAUCGGAUUCAUUACAUCGAUGAGCGAACAUUUUUGUAGUUCCUGUAAUCGAUUAAGAAUAACAGCAGAUGGAAAUUUAAAGGUUUGCUUAUUCGAGGGGAAAGGGGAAGUGUCCCUUCGAGAUGCUAUACGUAACGGUGCGUCUGACGAUAUUUUAAAAGAAAUGAUCGGUGCUGCGGUACAACGUAAAAAGAAGCAACACGCAGUUGAAAAGAAACGCGUGUACGUCAGAAGUCACAGGUAUUUACAACACGAUAUACCACAUCAGUUUUUAACAUUAUGCACAGUACCUCGAAUUGGAAGUUACGCAACUAUAAGAACGGUUUCCUCGCUGUCGCACGUGGAUCCAAGUGGGAAAGUGAGCAUGGUAGAUGUCGGUUCGAAAAACGAGAGUAAACGCGUCGCGAUAGCAAGAGGAAUCGUACAAGUUGAUUCGAACAUAAGUAAACUGAUAGCUGAGAAUAAUGUGAAAAAGGGUGACGUGUUGUCUGUGGCACAAUUAGCUGGUAUCAUAGCCGCGAAACGUACUUCCGAUUUGAUACCUUUGUGUCAUCCACUUUCGUUAUCCUACGCAAACGUAUCCCUACGUUUGAACGAAAAACUGCAUCAUGUAGAGAUUACCGCGGAAAUUAGGUGUACCGGUAAAACUGGUGUAGAGAUGGAAGCCCUGACAGCCGUGAGUAUCGCGGCUUUAACAGUCUACGACAUGUGCAAAUACGCGGCUUCACCUAAAUCAAUGAAAAUAGCAAAUAUCGAGUUAGUUUCAAAAACCGGUGGUACAAAGGGUGAUUUUUUUAGAAACUAAAUAUCCCAUUCCAGUAGCGUGUAACAUGUAUGAUAUAUAACGUAUGUAUAUAAAAUUUGAGGGAUUAUAGUUUAUUCUGC